GUCACGUGCUCCCGUGUUUUACUUCUAUGACGAGACUGCCCCUGCCCCUCCUCCUCCUUCUCCUCUCGCCUCCCACCGGCGCCGCCUCCCCGCCCCGAGCCCUCCUGCCACCCGCGCGACGCCUCGCGGCGAUGUCGGCGGCGACAACGACGGCGCCGUCAAGUGGAGAGUACCCAUCCCCGGUGUCCCCACCCUACCCGGCUGCCUCCAAGGACGUGGAGCUCCGGCGCGCCAUGAGCGCCUCCGCCCGCUCCGCAGCCUUCGCCUCCGCGGACGUCGUGUUCGAGGACGAGUGGCUCGCCGUCGUCGACAAGCCCGCCGGGGUCUACUGCGACGCCCUGCUCUCGUCCCUCCCUCGCUCCGCCACGUCAGGGGAUCCGGCGACUAAACCUAACCUUCACCUUGCUAACCGGCUAGAUCGUGAUACUAGUGGGCUCAUGGUUAUUACCAAAUGCAACAAAGUUGCAGGGAAGCUAGUGAAGGCAUUUACUGAUCAUAAAGUCAAGAAAACCUAUCUGGCUCUUUGCAUAGGUUGCCCACCGAUGUGGGAAAAGAUUAAGAUAUGUUCUGGACAUGGGCGAUCAAAACAUGGUGCUUGGCGUGUAUAUGCUAUGUCUGAUGUUGGCCAGUCACUGCCAGGGGGUUCUGUUGUAAGGGACAUGAGCACACAGUUUGAAGUUUUAGGGGUCAAUGGUAAAGGGCAGUUUAGAGAACCGUACAGUUUUUACACCAAUGAAAUACAGUCGAUUACUGUAGAAGAAAAGGCAGCUGACCAGAUUUCAAAUGAUGAUGUGAGGAGCAGUGUGAUUUUGGUUAGAGCCUAUCCUCAAAGUGGACGAACACAUCAAAUUCGUCUACACUGUCAGUAUCUUGGGUUCUCGAUCAGAGGCGAUGUGAAGUACGGUGGGGUAAUUGAGUGGAAUGGUGUAGAGUGUGAUGGCCAUGCAUUACAUGCAGAGAGCUUGUCAUUUGUACACCCUGUAACUGGAUUGCCCGUCACUUUCCGAUCACCUCUCCCUUCAUGGGCAAAUGAAUAUAUUUCAACAAUGGAAUAAAGCGCCCUUGAUCUUAUUGUGAUGCACAGUGGUCCAAUUGAUGCUGAAAUAUUCACCAAAGGCUGCAACUCUGAAUUGUCAAAAGCAUCUCUUGGAUCUCCUUUCUGGGUGCAGCAUCGGUCAGUGAUCAUGAGAAAGGGAACUAUUAAGUAUCUUUCACAGCUCGACUGCACCUUCUCGGUGGAUGUUCAUAAUCCAUACUUCAUGAAUAGGUAUCACAAAUUUUGAUAUGAUUGUUGUAGCACAGUUUUGACUAAAAACUGCAUUUGUAACAUUUGUACCGUAGAGAUAUUGAGAUGUUUGUUGUA